AUGCUGGGCGUCUGGUGGGGAGUUCAUGGAAUCUACCGUUGCGAACAGGUGCCGGACAACACAACAGUUACUGCUGAGUUCAACCGUGCUCAACUGCAAAGACUGGCCAACAAGAUCCGCAAGGAGCUCCCGAAGCUCGACAACGUUCGCCUGCUGCACGCGCCCUCACAUUGCGAAGAAGACUUCCCAGAGAACUCUGGAGCUCGGAUGGGAAGUUGUACCGCACCCACUGCCUGGCCUGGCAGUGGACCUGGCUCCGAGCGACUACCACUUCUUCCGAUCGCUUCAGCAUCACGUGGAAGAGAAGCGCUACGAUGA